CUCGCCAUGAAAUUCUACAUUGAUGAUCUCCCUGUAAUUUUCCCUUAUGACCGGAUAUACCCAGAACAAUACUCGUAUAUGUGCGACUUGAAGCGGACACUCGAUGCAGGCGGUCACUGUGUACUCGAGAUGCCGUCAGGAACCGGCAAGACCGUGUCAUUGUUGUCGCUGAUUGUAUCAUAUCAACAAUUCUAUCCUGCACGACGGAAGCUCAUUUACUGCUCACGAACGGUUCCUGAGAUCGAGAAGGCCCUUGCUGAGCUAAAACGUCUCAUGGAGUAUCGGCUCUCUAUCGCUGAGACAGAAGAACAACAAGCAAAGGAGAGAGGAUUCUAUGGCCUCGGUCUAACCAGCAGGAAGAAUCUGUGUAUACACCCUGAAGUUUCAAAGGAGAAGAAGGGCAGGGUUGUCGAUGCGCGAUGUCGAGACCUCACGAACAGCGCGGUCUGCCAGAAGGGCCGAGACAACCCCGGCUCUGUCGACCUCUGCGAUUGGCAUGAGAACCUUGGUAAACUCGAACCUGGCAACUUGAUUCCUCCUGGCAUAUGGACGCUGGCAGACGUCCUCCAGUACGGCCGUGACAACGUUGUUUGUCCAUAUUUCCUCGUGCGACGAAUGAUGGCCUUCGUCGACGUCGUCAUCUACUCGUUCCACUACCUUCUCGACCCUAAGGUCGCGGAGCAAGUCUCCAAAGAGAUGUCAAAGGACUCUAUUGUCGUCUUCGAUGAAGCGCACAACAUCGAUAACGUCUGUAUUGAAUCGCUUAGCAUUGAUCUCACAAGACCGAUGCUCGACUCGGCAGCCAGGAGCGUCACGCGCCUGGGAGACAAGAUCGAGGAAAUUAAGCGCACCGACGCAUCAAAGUUACAGGACGAAUAUGCAAAACUCGUGGAGGGGUUACAGGAGGCUGCGACUGAUGAAGAUUCACUUGUGGCGAAUCCUGUGCUUCCCGAAGAUCUCCUGACAGAGGCUAUUCCUGGGAACAUUCGUAAGGCAGAACAUUUCGUGGCGUUCCUCAAGCGCUUUGUUGAGUACCUCAAGACGCGCAUGCGUGUGCUGCACGUUGUGGCCGAGACACCGCUAUCAUUCCUCCAGCACCUAAAGGACAUUACGUAUAUCGAGCGUAGGCCGCUGCGCUUCUGUGCGGAGCGCCUUCAAUCACUUGUUCGCACCCUGGAAUUGAACCGCUUGGACGAAUUCUCCGCAUUGCAAAAAGUCGCAAGCUUUGCCACCCUUGUCGCCACGUACGAGAAAGGCUUCCUGCUUAUUCUUGAGCCGUUCGAGACAGACAAUGCUACCGUGCCGAACCCUAUCUUUCACUUCACUUGUUUGGAUCCUUCGAUAGCGAUUAAAACUGUCUUCGAGCGUUUCAGCAGCGUAGUCAUCACAUCUGGGACGAUUUCGCCAUUGGAUAUGUACCCGAAGAUGCUCCAAUUUACCCCCGUCAUUCAAGAAUCAUAUUCGAUGACCCUGACGCGCAACUCAUUCUUGCCCCUGGUCAUUACUCGAGGCAGUGACCAAGUUGCUAUCAGCUCACGCUUCGAGGUCAGGAACGAUCCAGCAGUAGUACGUAACUUCGGUAGUAUCCUCAUCGAGUACAGCAAGAUUGUACCGGACGGAAUCGUGGCAUUCUUCCCCAGCUAUCUGUACAUGGAGAGCAUAGUCGCAGCCUGGAAUGACAUGGGCAUUCUAAACGAAGUCUGGAAAUACAAGCUCAUCUUUGUGGAGACGCCGGACGCCAAUGAGACAAGCAUCGCGCUUGAAAACUACCGUAGGGCAUGCGAUAACGGCCGUGGUGCGGUUCUUCUCUCCGUGGCACGCGGUAAGGUGUCAGAAGGUAUUGAUUUUGAUCACAACUAUGGUCGCGCGGUCAUCAUGUUUGGUGUCCCGUACCAGUACACCGAGAGUCGCAUACUGAAGGCUAGGCUGGAAUACUUGCGCGACACCUACCGCAUACGAGAGUCAGAGUUUCUCGGCUUCGACGCUAUGCGUAACGCGGCGCAAUGUGUCGGGCGUGUGUUGCGUGGUAAGACGGAUUGGGGUUUGAUGGUGUUUGCGGACAAGAGGUUUGCCCGCGCAGACAAGCGAGCCAAGCUCCCUCGUUGGAUUAACCAGUACAUCACAGAGACGGCCUCAAAUCUGUCAACAGACAUGGCCAUCACCCUGUCGAAGCUGUUCAUGCGCACCAUCUCCCAGAAUCCGAACGAGAAUCAGACCGGGAUCUCUCUCUGGACGCUCGAGGACGUUGAGCGACAGCAGGCGAAGCAGAAGGAAUUAGCUCUAGAAGCGGAGAAGCAACAGCCAGAAACAGUACAAGACGACGACGAAUACGGGGACGGUGGUCUAGACGACAAUACGCUGGCGACAAUAGACCUAGAUAUAUAGGGGGCCGAAACGCAUUUUGUUCAUCUCUCUCAAGAGGUGCUACCUGCAGCGGCCUCCCUCGCGUCUUCUUCAUUGCACUUGUCGCAUUUUCCUGAGAACUAGAGGGUGCAUUAGUG